CUUAAAGCUCAUCUCGAGAACCUGCAUCUGCGCUCUGCGCUGAAGCCCUGCGCGUCGGAGCGGAUCUCUGGAUGUGGUUUACAAUGGGACCGGAUCUCACCUUACAAACUGUCGCACGAGGAAAACUAACAUUUACAUUAAACACUGAGACGAGCUGCACUUGCAAAUGGAUGUUCACAGAGACGUGCUACGUUUUAUCUGACACUGUGUGAAGCUGCUUGUAAAGCGUAAUUUCGAAGUUUAGUACAAUGCGGAAACGCAAGGCUUGUUUUUCAUUUCGGUCCACGAUUUUACGGUCCAACUGACCUUUAUGUAACUAACUGAAGGCGCGUUCGUCUGCGAUCUUGCCUGCGAGCAUCAUCCGUGGAAAGCACUUGGAAUCAGCAUCACCAAUGGCUUGAUCAUCCGGUUCAUUGUCUUUGAAAUGGAUGAUAGAUCCAACAAACUCCUUUUAGUUCCUGUUUUGACCGUUUUAUUUGUCAUGAUCGGUUAUCAGUACAUCUGUCCAGCAGGGAGCACGUCCUGUCGGUUCGGUAAUGGAGAGAGUUCUCCGUUCUCCAAAUAUCCAGCAGACGUCAAGAGAGACUCUCCGGAUCCGGACGAGGACGCUCCGUUCAGAUUCCCGUCUAAAUUCAACUUCACGCGCGAGGACCUCUAUCGCCACGUGGAUUUCGACAUCAAGGGGAACGACGUGAUCGUGUUCCUCCACAUCCAGAAGACCGGAGGAACGACGUUCGGGAGGCACCUGGUGCGCAACAUCCACCUGGAGCGCCCGUGCGACUGCCGCUCCGGACAGAAGAAAUGCACGUGUCACCGGCCCGGUAAAGCGGAGUCGUGGCUCUUCUCGCGCUUCUCCACGGGAUGGAGUUGCGGGUUGCACGCGGACUGGACCGAGCUCACGAACUGCGUCCCUGCUGUGAUGAAUAAAAAGCAAAAGAAAGACGCGCCACUCAACAGACGGAACUUUUACUACAUCACGCUGUUGCGAGACCCUGUGUCGCGUUACCUGAGCGAGUGGAAGCACGUGCAGCGCGGCGCCACGUGGAAGACAGCACUGCACAUGUGUGACGGGCGUCCUCCCACUCCAGACGAGCUGCCGGCCUGCUACAGCAGUGAAGACUGGACCGGCGUGUCUCUGGAGGAGUUCAUGAACUGUCCCUCGAACCUGGCCAACAACCGACAGACUCGCAUGCUGGCUGAUCUCAGCCUGGUGGGCUGCUACAACCUGUCCUCCAUGAGUGAAGAGCGGCGCGCCGAGCUGCUCCUCAGCAGCGCCAAGCGCAACCUGCUUCGCAUGGCGUUCUUCGGCCUAACUGAGUUCCAGCGCAAAACACAGUUCCUUUUUGAGAGGACGUUCGGCUUGCACUUCAUCACCGCCUUCACUCAGAUUAACGGGACGCGGGCGGCCGGGGUCACGGUUGGGACAUCUACCCGGAGGCGCAUAGAGGAGUUGAACGCUUUAGACAUGCAGUUGUAUGAAUAUGCGCGGGAGCUUUUCUCACAGCGCGUGCAGUACUGCCACCAUCAGGAGCGGCAGGAGGAGAGAGAGAGGAAACGACAGCAACGCAGGAGAAUGAAGGAACAGAAAGCUUCACAGAUUCAACAACAGGAGGAUGACGAACAAAAAGACUUGGAGCAGGAAAAUAUGGAGUUAACUGGGGUGACGGAGGACUACAGCAGUCAGGUGGUGCGGUGGUGAUUCUGUGCUCUCUGGUUCCGUUCAGAAUAACAUACGACUCUUACUAACUUGAUAGUAUAUAGUAUGCAUACUGUGCAGAAUAUGCAGUAUACCUACUAUCCACUUUAAACAGUUUUUUCCAUUGAACCGUUUUGGGUUCCCCAUUGAACCUUUUUAGUGAACAGUUCUUAAAAUAACCAUUUUUCCUUACUUUUAAGAAUUUUCAAUAAUCUAUUGAACCAUUUCUACUAUAAAGAACCUUUUAUAGAAUGGAAAGGUUCUAUGGAUGUUAAAGGUUUUUCAUGGAACUUUGCAUGUCAGUAAAGAACCUAAAUGUGCAUUCUAAAGAAGUUUCUGUAUAGUGGUUAUUGGAUUUUGAAAAUAUUCUUCACACUACAAAAAAAUGAAAUAUAAAAAUAUUUUAAGAAAAGGUUAAGUGAAAGGUUCUUUGAGGAAGCAAAAAUGGUUCUUCUAUUGCAUCGCUAUGAAAGCCUCCCUUUGGAACCUUUAUUUUUAAGAGCACGCUGAAAUGGAAGAACCGAUUAGAUGGAGCAAAACAAAUGUGGAUGUUUUUUUACUUGACAAAUGUGGUGCAAUGGCCAAAUAUGUCCAUCUGAUGCAUGUUUACAUAGCUCAGUCGUUUAAAAAUAGCACAGAUGGAGCACUAAAAAACACACAAUGUGAAUGGGCCCAAAGCAGUAUGUGCUUCACCUUCACUUAAGUGAGCAUCAUCUACACAUUUUUGGCACUGAUAUGUGCUUGUUUGUCACUCUAAAACUUUCUUAGACUAUUUAUUGCUGUCCUAGCCAUGCAUCAUUAUGUAGUUGCAGUUUAACCAUGUAAAGAUUAAAUAGUCAGACAAAUUCAUUUUUGAAAUGAGAGAGUUUAUUUAUGGAACAGGUUUAACAUGGUUUUUCUAAAAAAAGUAUGUAUGGAUGUCUUUCAAGUAAUGUCUUUUUGCAUAUCAAAUAUGAAACAGUAGGCUUUAUAGGGUUAGUAUUUGUAUUUAGCUUUGUUUCCACUACUCGAACACCCUUGAAUUGCAACUUAUUAUUUGAGAACCACUGCAAGGAAUGAGGUUAUCAAACAGUGCAAUGUGCUUAAGUUGACAUUGCUUUCUCAGAGUCAUCAAUGAAACAGAAGUAAGAUUAACUGUGAUUUUCAGUUGGUAUGCACAAUAUAUCGGUACCAUAACAGUUAGCAGAUAUUAAGGAUUUUUGCUAAAAGGCUUCCUUCCACAGUUGCCAUCCUUCACAAAACUUAAUAUCUACAACUGUUUUACCACAGCAAACUGUUUCAAUACAAGCAUUUCAGUCAAAUGUAAUUUAUGCAAUAUUUCAAACCUUUUACCCAUGGGAGAAAAUCGACCCACCACAACAGUUGAUUCUGUGGGAAAUAAUGGACAUGUCCAAGAGAAAGAGGACGUAUGGUCACCCUAAUUUAUGGUCAAACCAGUAACCGUUUCAUCCCUAGUUUCCAUUCACCACUAUAGAAGUUUACCCAACUAAUGAACCACAGAAAUGUGAAAAAGGCUACUUAGCACUGUUCAAUGCAGUAAUUAACAAAUCUCAAAAUUAAUCUACAUUUCCGUACUGUGUUAUGAUGUUGUGAUGCUUAAAGGUGCUGUAUAUGAUUUUUUGUACUAAAACUGUACUAAAACCAAAAACGACCAUGUUUACAGAUAUAUAAGAAACAUGAAAAGCAAUGCUACAGCAAGUCAUUCUACUUUGAAAUGUGUGUUCCAUGUCGGAAUGUCUGUUUUUGUUUUGGUCUGUUUGAUUCCACGCUCAUCAGCUUACAGUGCAAGGCCUGUCUCCUUCAAUGGUCAAUUGCGCUCCUGCUGUGUGUCCUCAAUCUGGCAACCUGCAUUGAAUGUCAGUCAAAUCUGAGGAGGAGGCUCUCCAAUAUUUGGAAUUAGCUGUCAGAAUUACAUACUGAACUUUCAAAUUCACUUGUUGCAUUAAAAAAAAGAAAGUCUUUGGUGUAAUAUUUAUAUAAUUUAGGUAAAAUACUAUAGUGUUUUAAUAUCAGCCAUAACAUUAAUAUACUAUUUGGCUUAUUGGCUUAUCAGUAUAAUAAGUUACAGAAUUUCAAUAUCAGUCAAAUAUUAAAUUUUAACAUCUACUUAUUCACUCAUUUUGUUGUUGGUUUGCCAAAAGUUGCAACAUUUUUGCACACAAACGACAAAAUAUAAAUGUAGGUUUCCAGCUUAAUAACUGUUAUGUGACAGCAAUGUAGCAUACUACAGAAACAUUUAUCAUGUGUGUACUGUGUCACUGACUUUUGUACUGCACAGGAUUCAGGUAGUAAGCUAUUAUUCUAUUCUGAACAUAGCCUCAGUCUGUUUUCAUUCAUCUUCAUCCUCUCUAACAGGUCUUCUCCUCUUGCGUCUGAUGGUCAGUAAACCCAGGCUCAUUUAAGACCAUCAUAAAAAAAACCUCUCUACCAGCAAUUGUAAUGUUUAAAUCUAUUCUGAUGAAAUUGAAAACGUGUUUCCCCCGCAGCAUUAUUUUCUGUUCUGCACGUCACAAUAUGGCUAGCUAAAGCAGUUGAAAGAAAGAUGUCUUUCCUCACAUGUGACCAAAAGAUCAUUAAACCGUUAAAUCCAACUGUAUUUCACAACCAAUUCGUACGUAUUUUACGAGGUGGCUUAUUCGUACAAAUUUGUACGACCUCACUCGUACGAUUUUAUACGAUUUGUCUAAACCCCAGUGUCGGUUAGGUUUAGGGGCGGGGUUAGGUGUAGGUCAUUCGUACAAAUUCAUACGACUUGUGCAACUCGUAAAAUACGUACGAUUUGGCAAAAAUUGUAUGAAUUUGUACGAGUGUGGUCUUACGAAUUCGUACAAAUAAGUCACCUUGUAAAAUAUGUAUGAAUUGCCGUGAGACCGGGUUGGUUAAAUCCCAAUUCAGACAUUAAAUUAUCCAUAUGAUUUGUCAUUAGAAACCCUUUGAAAUAAUAAUACUUUUUAAUAAUUAUUAUAUUAGUGCUACCAGUAUUAUUAAAAAACGGAAUUGUAACUUAUUUGUAAAAUUUCAACUUUUAAUUUAGUGCAAUAUUUUGCAAUUGCAACAUUUAAGUGCAUUUUUCACUAACAACUGCAACAGGAUUUAUAUGUAUACAUAAGUUACAAUUGUGACCAUCAACAAUUUUACUGAAUCUAUGGCAACACCGAACAAACUUAAGUCAUUAUGAAUUUAUAUAUUAAUACUAGACACCUUAAAGAUAACGUGGACUAAAGAUCUUUGUUUCUUUACUAGCUUCUCCUGGUGCACACAGGACAUUAACUGCUCUGGUCAUGUGACAAUUUGCACUAACCAUGUGAAACUGCACAUAGUCUAAUGUGAUCGGUGAGAUUAAAUGGGUUAAUGAUUAGAUUAAAUACCACUAUAAUAGCCAAUAAACUAAUCUAAGAGGAGCAACAGCUGAAUGUUAUUCUAAUGAAAACUGGUUUAUCUCAUUUUUAUCUCAACUGUUGGUUUAUCUCAACAGUUCUCUGUCUGUUCUUCUGUUUUGGAAAAUAUUAAAAUAAGGGAUGUGUACAUACACUGGACACACGGUCCACUAGACCAGAAGGUCUGACUAGACCAAUUUGUCUACUUGAAUCUUUUUACGUUUGCUUGUUUUUCUCAGUUUGUAAAGUGUGUGAGAUAUUAAAAAUGAAAUGAAUAGUAUGAGAAUGACGUUCGCAUGGUCACAACUACAGGUGUAAAUCGAUUUGUUUUCCAAGUGUACUUAUUGAGUCAAAUAAAUAAGUAUUAUAUCUGAAAAUAAUUAGCACCUGUA